GUAUUCUGUUGCAGCUAGCGAUAUUCACAAAAUAAUGAUUUUACUUCUAAUUACUAGAAGUGGACUAUUCUGUCUUGGCCCAGAUGCUUGGGGAAGGUUGCUUCAUUGGUCACGUGGUUAAAGCAUCAUUCUGUUAGGCAGCUGGCUACAUUCUAGCAGCGCGUUUUCAAUAUGAAGCAUCAUCGCGAUUGCGGCGCAAUUUGACUGCAAGCCUUUCCUCCCGUUUCCAACUGGACAGCUCUCCAAACGCACAGGUUAUGCCACCCCACAGGCUUCCUGGAACCCCCACUGUGAAAGAGAAGGGCUGAUCCCCAGUCCUCAAGCUCUAGCUACUCUCCUCCCAAGUCCACCCCCCCACCCCCUCUCCCAGACCCCGGCCCCAUGGCUGCAGGAGGCCAUGGCGCUGCCAAGGGUGUGUUGAUCAACCUGCAUCAGAUUAGUGUGAAAGAAGAGGAGGAGGAGGAUAAGGACUUUUCCACAGAGGAGCAGGAGGAGGACGAGGACUGGGAGAAUGCAUUAUCAGUGGAGAGGUUCGGGAACACUGACUCCGCGAUCAGUGGGGGAGAAAAAAUGGGCCGCAACUACAAUGAGAAGGAUUUUGAGUAUCACCGGCACACCUUUCACCACACCCACCACCCGCUGUCCACCCAUCUACCCCCACCCCAGCGCCUACGCAAGCGGGUGCUCAGCAUGGACCGCAAACGCCGGCGCAAGAAGAAGCGCAAGAACAAAAAGACCUCCAUGGCGCCCUCGGAGGUCACACCCACCAUCCAUGAGGUAGACGAGGAGGAGGAGUCUGAGACAGAGGGGAGGGACCUGGCAGCCACUCCCACCGAGCAGCUCGACGACCAACAGCAGUUUAGCCUGGGGAGUGAGGAGAAUUUGGAGCCGACCGUCCCACUAACUUCCUUCCACAUGGAGAGCGAACAACAACAUCCGCCGCCGGAGAAAGCCACACUGGCCACGGCAGAGGUGGUGGAGGGGGAGUUGGAAGAAGCGCAACAGGACAUUCGGGAGCAACCAGAGGAUGAGGAGGGUGAUGAAGAGCCCACCAACAGCAUGAACACCCGUGGCUGGUUCAGGAGGAAUCCUCUCCACCCUGCACCGCGGACCAGUUACGACAUGCGGGAGCGCGUCUGUAUGGGCAGCAUGACAGCCGUGGAAACAGCCGUGUACCGGAAGGUGCCCACCGACGAGGCUGAGGCUCAGAUGUUGGCUAGCGCCGAUCUGGACGACAUGAAGAGUCACCGAUUCGAGGACAACCCUGGGAUGAGGCGUCAUCUGGUGAAGAAGUCGUCUCGAUGCCAGUUCACUCAGAACAGCAAAAGCUCUCCGCUCCAGUCCAGCCUGAAGAAGAAGAAGAGGGUGGCUGACAAGAAGACCCAUGAGGUGUUUGUGGAGCUCAACGAGCUGAUAGUGGAUAAGAACCAGAAGAUGCGCUGGAAGGAGACGGCUCGUUGGAUCAAGUUUGAGGAGGACGUGGAGGAGGAGACAGACCGCUGGGGAAAACCCCACGUGGCUUCACUCUCCUUCCGCAGCCUGCUUGAGCUUCGCAGGACCAUCACACAUGGUGUGGUCCUAUUGGACCUGGAGCAGACCACUCUGCCUGGCAUUGCCAACCUGGUGGUGGAGACCAUGAUCAUCUCAGACCAGAUCAGAGCGGAGGACCGGGCCAACGUGCUUCGUGCCCUGCUGCUCAAACACCACCACCCCAACGACGAAAAGGAGGGCCUUUUCCACCGCAACCACUCCACUAAAAGCCUUCACGGCAGCUUCCAACGCAACCACAACCACGUUCCCGACACCACGGUGCCCCUAGUGGCUGAAGAUCCUACAGAGGCCCUCCACCAUGAAAAGAAGCAGCAGAGCAGAGAUGUGUUUAAAUCACUCCAUCCCCCCCUGCCGAUGGCUCUCCAACAACAGGUUACCAAACACACAAAACUCCUAGCCAAGAUUCCCAAGGAUGCAGAAGCAACCGUGGUCUUAGUGGGUUGCGUGGAGUUCCUGGAGCAGCCAGCCAUGGCCUUCAUCAGGCUGAGUGAGGCGGUCCUGCUGGAGUCGGUCCUGGAGGUGCCGGUGCCGGUUCGUUUCCUCUUUGCCCUGCUUGGACCCACUCAGUCCAACAUGGACUACCAUGAGAUUGGACGCUCCUUCUCCACCCUCAUGUCUGACAAGAACUUCCACGAGGUGGCCUACUUUGCGGACGACCGGCAGGACCUGCUGAACGGCAUUAAUGAGUUCCUGGACUGCAGCAUCGAUCCCCCGUCGGACGUGGAGGGAAAGGACCUGCUGAAGACGGUGGCCUCCUUCCAGAAACAGAUGCUGCGCAAGAGGAAGGAGAGAGAAACAUCAAGACCCACACCACCCCUGACAGACCAGGAGACCAAAGAGGUGAGCCAGGAUGAGCAGGAAGAGGAGGAGGACCAGGAGGUGGACCCCAUGAAGAGGUCGGGCAUCCCCUUCGGAGGCCUCAUCCAUGACAUCAGGCGGCGCUACCCGCGCUACGCCAGCGACAUAAAGGACGCCUUGGACUCACAGUGCAUCGCCGCUGUCAUUUUCAUCUACUUCGCCGCCCUCUCACCCACAAUCACCUUUGGAGGGCUGCUGGGAGAGAAAACAGAGGGCAUGAUGGGAGUGUCGGAGCUCAUCAUCUCCACAGCGACCCUGGGGGUACUUUUCUCUCUGAUGGCCGGACAGCCCCUCCUCAUCAUCGGCUUCUCAGGACCCCUGCUGGUGUUUGAGGAGGCCUUCUACAAGUUCUGCCAGGCCCAGGGCUUUGAGUACCUGACGGGCCGGGUGUGGGUCGGCUUCUGGCUCGUCUUCAUAGUGCUGUUGAUAGUGGCGGCCGAGGGAAGCUUCUUGGUUAAAUACAUCUCACCCUUCACCCAGGAAAUAUUUGCCUUCCUCAUCUCACUCAUCUUCAUCUACGAGACCUUCUCCAAGCUCAUCAAGGUAUUCCAGGAGCAUCCUCUGAUGAGAAGCUACCCGCCUGCCUUUGGCCUUCCCGGCAUGGAGUUCACCAACCCCACAGACCCCCAUGGCCCCAUCCUAAACCAACCCAACACGGCCCUGAUGUCUUUCAUCCUCAUGCUUGGUACCUUCUUUGUGGCCUACUUCCUUAGGAAAUUGCGCAACAGUCGAUUCCUGGGCGGGAAGGCCAGAAGAAUCAUCGGAGACUUUGGCAUCCCCAUCUCCAUCCUGUUCUCUGUACUGUUGAGUUACUCUGUCCCCGACACAUAUACCCAGAAGCUGAAUGUACCGUCUGGUUUCUCGGUCACGUCUCCUGACAAGCGGGGCUGGUUCAUCAGUCCGUUCGGCGACCUCAAGCCCUUCCCCGCGUGGAUGAUGGGGGCAUCGGUGGUGCCCGCCCUCCUCGUCUUCAUCCUCAUCUUCAUGGAGACACAGAUCACCUCACUCAUCGUCAGCAAGAAGGAGCGUCGACUGGUCAAGGGCUCUGGCUUCCACCUGGACCUGCUGCUCAUCGUCACGCUGGGCGCCAUGUGCCCUCUGUUAGGCCUGCCCUGGCUCACCGCCGCCACGGUGCGCUCUGUCACGCACGUCAACGCCCUUACUGUCAUGAGCAAGGCCACAGCGCCCGGCGAGAAGCCUGUGAUCCAGGAGGUGAAGGAGCAGCGGUUGACGGGCCUUGUAGUCGCCGUGCUCGUGGGCAUGUCCCUCGUGAUGACAGAUGUGCUUCGUCACAUUCCGCUGGCCGUGUUGUUCGGGAUCUUCCUCUACAUGGGCGUCACGUCAAUCACCGGCAUCCAGCUCUACGAGCGCAUCACUCUCAUGUUCACGCCCGCCAAGCACCACCCCGACCACAUAUAUGUGACCAAGGUGAAGACGUGGCGUAUGAACAUGUUCACCAUCAUCCAGCUGGCCUGCAUCAUGUUGCUGUGGGUGGUCAAGUCCACCGUGGUCUCACUCGCCUUCCCCUUCAUCCUCAUCAUGACCGUGCCGCUCCGCCGCCUCAUACUCUCCCGGAUCUUUGAGGAGCGUGAGCUCCAGGCGCUCGACGGGGAAGACGAGUCAUCCCCCAACUUUGACGAGGAUGGUCGGGACGAGUAUAACGAGAUUCACAUGCUUGUGUAGACACGUGACACGAGGAGGCCCAAUAGGCUCUCUCUGUCUUCCAACACAAACCAAUUACGAGCAAGCUUCUUUGGAAGGCAAAACUUAUAAUGUCUGGGUAACUGUGUUUUUCAACCCCCCCCCCUCAGAUGUGCUGAGGGUAGAAUAUUUGUCCAACAGA